AUGGGAGUUCCAGAAUCUGGCUUGUCAACGUCUUCUGCUGCCAGCGAGGUGACGAGCUCAAAGGAUGAAGGGAACCGCGUUGCAGGGGGAUUGGAAAGCAAUGCUAGUGCUCAGAACCUUGAUGUUGAACCAGUGAUAGAACAAAAAAAGCCCUUCAAGUUCAAGCUCACCAUUUUCAUGCUUUGCUUCAUCUCUGUGGUGGUUGCAAUGGACUCGGUCAUCGUGGCUUCGAUGUUACCGGCAAUCACAGUCGCCCUCAAAGGGACGAGCUUAGAAGCAUUUUGGGUUGGAAUAUCCUAUCUUUUGGCACAAACUGUGACGAUCCCCCUCUACGGAACUAUUUCAGAUAUCUUCGGUCGGAAAUGGGCAAUGGUAUUUGCGAUUCUUGUAUUCUUAUUUGGCAGUAUCCUUUGCGGAUCUGCCCAGGAUAUGAAUUGGCUGAUUGCCGCACGGGUUGUUCAAGGGCUUGGGGGUGGAGGAUGCCUCUCGUUGGCAUCUGUCAUCAUCAGCGACAUUACGACUUUGAGGGAGCGUCCAAAGUUCCUCGCUAUGGGAGCGUUCGCGUGGGCCUUAGGGAUGAAUAUUGGAGUGCCCGUCGGCGGCGCCAUUGGCGAGUUCUCGUCUUGGCGUGUUGUUUUCUGGAUCAACAUUCCGAUCUGUGUCAUUGGCACAGCUGGACUCAUCUAUGCUCUACACCUUUACCAGGAAAUAUCGUCACUCCGGUCAAAAUUAGCGAGAAUCGAUUACUUGGGGAUGGGUAUCUUCGUCGCAUCUACAACUUUAAUGCUCUGCGGCCUCACGACCGGCGGAACGACUCAUCCAUGGAAGUCCGCCAGCGUCCUUGCUCCUCUGAUUCUAGGCUUCACGGGCCUUGGGGUCUUCGUUCUUGUGGAGUGGAAGGUGGCAAAAGCACCAAUGGUCCCCAUUCGAAUCUUCUCAAAUCGAACCGCCAAUGCAGGGUAUUUCGGCGCAUUCAUACACGGCCUUGUGCUUUGGUCCUUUACAUAUUAUCUGAUCAUAUUUUUCCUUGGCGCUCGUCGGGAUGCUUUGUUCAAAUCUUCAGCGGAGACUCUUCCAGGCAGGCCAGUGCUUCUAAUUUCGUUCCCAAAUUCCUGUGCUGACAUUUCACCAGCGCCCCCCGUAGCACUGAGUGCAGUCUUUUGCAACAUCUGGGUCGCCAAAACACUUCGAUUUCAGAAAAUGACCUGGCCCGCCUGGGUCUUUCUUACAUCCGGCACAGGACUUAACGCGCUCAUGAAGCCUGACUCGAACGCAGGCAUACUAUAUGGACUCAGAGUAAUUGCCGCUACAGGCGGUGGGUGGCUAUUCCAAUUGCCAAUAUUUGCAGUCCAGUCAACAACAGUUAAUGAUGAUCUCGGCAUCGCCACCGAAGGAAUUACCUUUUUUCGAAGCGUCGGCCAGGCAUUUGGAGUCGCUAUCGGCGGAAUUCCGCUGGCGCUUAUGAAAUUAUCGGGACAUUUUCCUGAGCAUGUCAUUUCAGCUUAUCGAUACGUCUACGCUGAUUCUUUGCGGACGGUUUGGUAUGUUACUACUUGGAUUGCUGCUGCGGGGUUCCUCGUAAGCUUUCUGGUUAAAAAUGAGAGCAUGGAUAGAGGCCAACAAUCUAAGCAAGCUUUCAACAGCCAGCACAAGGAAAAGAAGGCAGACGAGGUGUAG